AUGGACACCCGAACGUGCCAAGCUGGGGGGGGCACGCGCUUGGCUGGGAUAGGGCGGGGUGGGGGGGGCGCGGCGAGCGGGGGAAAAGCAACCAUCGGACCACUCAGAGGGCAAAGCCCGGACGUCGGCACCUGCCUUGAUCCGUGCAUUGCUUUGUGUGGAACCAUGAGGGAGAUCGAUGAGAGUCACAUCGGUGCUGAAGCCUUGGAGGAGAGCGGUCGGCUGGGGUACGAGUUCUACAGAUCAAUCGGCUCCCCCACUCGGAUCGUUGCUCCCAUGGUGGACCAGUCGGAGCUCGCGUUUCGGAGGCUGUGCAGGCGAUACGGAUCGAACCUGUGCUACACGCCCAUGUACAACAGCAAAUGCUUUGCCGUGAGCAGCGCGUACCGCAAGAGCAACUUCGAUCCCCACCCGGAGGAUCGACCCUUGAUCGUGCAGUUCUGCGGUCACGACCCGGCGCUGCUGCUGGCAUCCGCCAAGUUCGUGGAGAAGGAGUGCGACGCGAUCGACCUGAACCUGGGAUGCCCUCAAGGGAUCGCUCGAAAAGGCAGGUAUGGUGCGUUCUUGCUGGAGGAGUGGGCGCUGCUGAGGGAUAUCGUCAGCACUCUCGCCAAGAACCUGUCGAUCCCCGUGACGUGCAAGGUGCGGCUGCUAGACUCGGUGGAGGAUACCAUCACCAUGUGCAAGAUGCUCGUCGCCGCGGGUGCCAGGAUCAUCACGGUUCACGGGCGUACCAAGGAGCAGAAAUCGAAGGCCACGGCUGGCUGCAACUGGGACGCGAUUCGACGGAUAAAGGAGGCCCUGCCCGUGCCGGUGUUCUCGAACGGGGCCAUUUCCUCGCUUGAAGACGUGGAGCGGUGCCUGCGAGAAACGGGUUGCGACGGGGUGAUGUCAUCGGAGGGCGUGCUAGAGCGACCGGGCCUCUUCUCGGACAACGUUUCGACGGUUACAGGGCUCAAGAUGUCCCAGGACGAUAUCGUUCUCGAGUACAUCGACCUCGCGAAGCAGUCGCCACCGCACUCCCGGGGCCGAACGAGCGUCCCCUGCCUCCGGGGGCACAUGUUCAAGUGCCUUUUCACUGCCGUAGCCGUAAGGACCGAUCUGAGGGCGAGGCUCACCAAGGCUCGGACGCUGGAGGAAAUGGAGGAGCUAGCGCUGGCGGUUAGAGAGGCAAGGCUGGCCGACCCCGAAUCCUUCGACGAAGAGAAGACCUGGUACAGACGGCACACCAUGCCGCACACCUCAGACGAAUGGGGGACCCCGCAGGCGCUGUGGGCGGCGCAGGCGGAGGUGGUGGCGGAAAAGCGGCUGAGGGAUCCAGGGCCGGAGGAGGUCGGGCUUGGGGACUCAAUCUUCGGGGAGGAAGAGGGGGCGGGGGAUUACUAG